AUGGCCAUGGAGAUGAUGAACAACCUCAACAUCACCAACAACGAGAACAACAACGACGACGACGACAACAGCAACAAUAAUCCAAAUAGGAGGGUCAGCAGGGGAAGGCAGAAGGUGGCGAUGAUGAAGAUGGCAAACGAGAGCAAUCUCCAAGUCACCUUCUCCAAGCGGCGCGCUGGGCUUUUCAAGAAAGCUAGUGAGCUUUGCACCCUCUGUGGUGUAGAGUUGGCCAUAAUAGUUUUCUCACCGGGAAAGAAGGUUUUCUCGUUCGGACAUUCGAGCGUUCAGUAUAUUAUAGACCGGUAUUUGAACCCUCAGAAUUACCGUAUCACACCGCCCCAAGUGAACUCUGGGACGUUGCAGCUGAUCGAGGCUCAUCGAAGCGCGAAUGUUCGGGAGCUAAACCAACAACUGACCCAUGUUGUGGAUCAGUUGGACGUGGAGAGGAAGCGUAGCAAUGAGCUAAAUAAGGCUCGUAAGGCUAGAGUGUCCCUCCACUGGUGGGAGGCUCCAGUUGAGACUUUGAAUGAUCUGGCGCAUUUGGAGCAUCUCAAGUCAGCGAUGGAGAUGUUGAGAAGGGAUACCUCUCAAACGGCUGAUCAGAUCUUGAUUCAGACUACUACUAACACAGACUCUCUCCUACCACCUAACUUUAAUAAUAUGAAUAUAAAUGCACCAUCUUUUUAUGGUGUUAUGACUACUGUAGGUGGUGCUGGUGGUAAUGGGUCAGGAGGAGGACUGCCUCAGCUGCCUAGUUCUGCUUCUUCUUUUCCCAACCAAGGAGGGUUGCAGCCUAAUAGUAACUAUCAUUAUUAUAAUAACAACAAUGAAAAUAACUAUAAUGAUAAUGAUGUUGGUUUUGAUGGUGGUGUGGCUAAUUCUUCUUCUUCUUCUGCUGCUGCUAGUACUGGUAGUACUAGUACUGAUACACCUCAUCUGCAGUCUAUAACAUCUGGCGGUGGCAAUGCCAACCAUGUCAAUAUGCCUCAUAUGCCUCAAAUGCAGGCUAUGAAUUCUGGUGGUAUCGUCAAUAAUAAUCAUGUCAAUUUGCAGUCUCAAAUGCAAGCUUUAGCUUCUGGUGGUUCUGUCAACCAUGUCAAUUUGCCUCCUUAUAUGCAAGUUAGUGCUUCUAAUGGUACUCUCAACCAUGUCAACCAUGUUAAUCUGCAGCCUCAUAUGAGUUUCUCUUCUGUGCCAAAUAUGCAGAGUAGUGCACCUGCUAAUACCAACUACAUCAAUAUGUCUGCUAUGCCUCAAAUGAUGCAGCCACCAAACACUUCUCCUGUGCCUAGCAGUGUCAACAACCAUUUCAAUAUGUCUCCUAUGCCUCAUCAUAUGCAGCAGCCAAACACUUCUCCUGCGCCUGGCAGUGUCAACAACCAUUUCAAUAUGUCUCCUAUGCCUCAUCAUAUGCAGCAGCCAAACACUACUUCUGCUUCUGGCAUUGUCAACCAUAUCAAUAUGUCUCCUAUGCAAUUGGCUAAUAACAAUACCUCUGCUGGUGUUACUGUCAACCAUGUCAAUCAUCAGCGACCUACUAUGCAGUUGCCUAUGCUACCUCAGUCUCUGCCACCAUCUUCCCAAUUGCUUUUGCAGCAGCCUAAUUCGCAGGGAACUCAUCAUGUGUCCAACAAUGUUGGAUAUGGCCAUGGCUUUUUCUGA